AACGGUUUUAUUUCCAUGCGUUUCGUCCGUGGAAGUGAUAAGAUCGAUAUCGCGCAAGCUUUUAAAUUCGCGACGUACGCCACUGGUGUAGUCGUCGCGCAAGUGUGAGACGGUGUGUUCGUUUUUCACCUUUACAUAACCUACGAGCGAAUCGAGGGCGAAAUGGACCGGAUUUUUGAACAUUUGUAAAUUGGAAAAAUGGCCUCAACCCUUGGAAAAAUCGCACUGGGUGGCCUCACCACCACGCUGGGUGCCGGCCUAGCCUCUUACCUCUUCCUCACAGACGACAAAGACAAUCGAUGGGGCGCCGUUUACGCCCAACACAGCCCCCCUAAGGCCAAACGCAACCUCCCGAGCCGCGAGGAACAAAUAAAAUCGUUGCAGAACGACUCCUUCGAUGUGCUUAUCGUCGGAGGUGGGGCCACAGGGGCUGGAUGUGCGCUAGACGCCGUCACCAGGGGGCUCAAGACGGCUCUCGUGGAGGCCGACGAUUUCGCAAGUGGGACUUCUAGUCGCAGCACGAAGCUGAUCCAUGGAGGGGUGCGCUACCUCCAGAAGGCGAUCAUGCAGCUGGAUAUCGAGCAGUAUAGGAUGGUCAAAGAGGCGCUGCAUGAGAGGGCGUCUAUGUUACAGUCAGCCCCACACUUGGCGCAUCCUCUGCCCAUCAUGCUCCCCGUUUAUACGUGGUGGCAAGUGCCAUAUUACUGGGUUGGCAUAAAAAUGUACGACGUUGUCGCUGGUCGGAAGACCCUCAAAUCAUCGUAUCUCCUCUCAAAGAAAAACGCCUUGGAGUUGUUUCCAAUGCUUCGAGGAGACAAACUUUGUGGUGCUAUAGUUUAUUACGACGGCCAACAAGACGACGCCCGAAUGAAUCUCGCCAUUGCUUUAACAGCCACCCGUCACGGCGCCACUGUGGCAAACCACGUUUCUGUGACCGGCCUCCUCAAAGAAAAAGAUUCUUCCGGCAAAGAAAUCGUGUGUGGCGUCAGUGUCAAGGACGAAAUCACCGGAAACAAAUGGAAUGUCCCGGCAAAAUGUGUGAUAAACGCCACUGGACCCUUCACGGACUCCAUCCGGAAGAUGGACAAUCCGGAAGUGAAAACGAUUUGUUCGCCCAGCAGUGGCGUCCAUAUCACUCUUCCUGGGUAUUACAGCCCGGAGCAGAUGGGUUUGCUUGACCCCAGUACCAGUGACGGUCGCGUGAUUUUCUUCCUGCCGUGGCAGAAGCAGACCAUCGCUGGUACGACGGACCUCCCAUGCGACGUCACCCACCAUCCCAAGCCCACCGAGGACGAGAUUUUAUUUAUUUUAGAAGAAGUUAAGAAUUAUUUGAAUCCGGAUGUGGAAGUGAGGCGAGGUGAUGUCUUGUCGGCCUGGAGCGGUAUAAGGCCACUCGUUUCCGAUCCGAAUAAGCCGGACACGCAGUCGCUUGCCCGUAACCACAUUGUUCAUGUUAGUGAUAGUAAAUUGGUAACGAUAGCUGGGGGUAAAUGGACCACGUAUCGUGCCAUGGCUCAGGAGACUAUUGAUGCGGCGAUUGCCGCCUGUUGUCUCAAGCCGGUGCAUAAAGAGUGUCAGACUGACGGGUUGUUGCUGGAGGGGGCGCACGGAUGGACCCCCACCAUGUACAUUCGGUUAGUGCAGGAUUUCGGCCUGGAGUGCGAGGUGGCGCAACAUUUGUCCAAGUCCUACGGCGACAGGGCGUUCACGGUGGCCAAGAUGGCAGCGCUGACAGGGAAGCGGUGGCCCAUCAUCGGCAAAAAAAUCCACCCCGAGUUCCCGUACAUCGACGCCGAGGUCAGAUACGGCGUCCGAGAGUACGCAGUGACUGCCGUCGACAUGAUCGCACGAAGGCUUCGUUUGGCUUUCCUCAACGUGCAAGCCGCUCAAGAAGCCCUCCCUGAGAUUAUCACAAUCAUGGCCGAGGAGUUAGGCUGGUCUGACGAGGAGAAGCAAAAGCAGCACAAAGACGCCACAAUCUUCCUCCAGAACGAGAUGGGCCAGAACGUGAACCGCGCCAGCAGAGACAAAAUCCCGAUCAAUUUGAGCAAAGAAGAGAUACAGUUGUACAUUAAGCGGUUCCAAAUUAUCGACAAGGACCGCAAGGGAUACGUCUCGAUCAAUGAUAUAAGGAGGAGUCUCAAGUCUCUAGGUAUGAAACUAACCGACGACGAAAUCCACCACCUCUUAUCCGAUAUUAACGUAACUUACAACGGCCAAUUGGAACUGGCUGAUUACUUGCAGCGGGAUGAUGGAAAGGAGGUUCCUGGUGAGGAGCUCCACGAAAUCCUUCGGGAGAUUGAUACGAAUAUGAAUGGACAAGUUGAACUUGACGAGUAUUUGCAGAUGAUGUCUGCCAUCAAGUCAGGCCAUGUGACGUAUUCGAGAUUCGCCCGAAUGGCUGAACUCGAAGAACAAAAACACGAGAAAGAAAUGCUCAAGAAGAAGAUUUCGGUCGAGCGCAGCGGUGGCGGCGUGUAAAUUAAAUUUGUGAAUAAAAAUUGUGUCAAUUUGCUACUCAGGUGAUUUUGUCGUAUCGUUUGAGUUAAUUUAUUUUGUUGUAGCUCUCGUUUUAAAUAAAAUAAAAAGUACCACAAACAGAAA